CUCCAACACUGUCGAUAAAUGAGGAUUUAACGAGGGUACGACAACAUUCUCCACAUUGUGAACGAACACGAUGUCUAUUAUACAUUCACGGGAUUACGCGUUGACCGGAAAUACAACUGUGACGUCACAUGGGAUUGUUAGUGGGUUUACAUGACGUCACGCCAUUGUUCCCGAGGACGAACUCACGAACUGAUCGACACUGAACCAAACACGCUAUCAAUUCUAGAACGGCGACAGGCACGCAAUGUGUCGUCUGCUGCGCGUGGCAGUAGGCAAUGACUUCUAAUUCGUCUCGAUUGGGAUAAACACUUUCUUGGACAUGACUACAGAUUUGUUUGAGGUAGUCAAACGAAACAGCAUUCGGCAGGUGAAGCUGGUUCUAGAGGCCGGAUAUGACGUCAACGCCCGGAACGAGCGCAUGGAGACGCCUCUCAUGGCGAGUGUAAUGCACGUGCACGACCCAGACUGCAGAUUUGGCGUCAUUAAGCUCCUUCUGGCGUCCGGCGCCGACAUCAAUCUCCAAAACGGCCGUGGCCAGACGGUUAUCAUGUACGGUUGUAUUCUGAACCAACUUGAUACCGUCAUGCAGCUUCUUCAGUUCAACAACCUGCACGCGGAUCUUACUGAUACCGAUGGGAAUACAGGUCUGAUGUACGCAUGCGCGCUUGGUCAUAAUGACAUUGUGAAAGUGUUCAUUGAUUAUCACAGAAAAGGUCACCUUAGCCUUGACCUUCUGAAGAAGAACUAUGAUGGGAUGGGGGCUUUGGAACAUGCAGCUCAAGGCGGCCAUCUUGACGUGGUUAAACUAAUCUCUAGUUGCGCGAGGGCCGCAGAUUCGAAUCAGGAAAUUUCCAACAUGGCGACCGAUUGUGAAUGGGUUGAGGAACAAGCACCGAACCCGACCCCCACCGAUCACAAAUCGCAGUCAAUGAAUGAGAAGAUGCACCAGUUUAUACAGGAGGUUCAGGAUGCAUCUGUGGAAGAAUCGUGUGACGAAAUCAAGCCAUCUCCGUGCGCUGGAUUGCCUCCCCCUGACGUCAUCAUCACUGGCGAGGAAUAUGUUCAGAAUGAGGCCAACAUACUUUCGGAACAGAACAACAAGAGACUGAAUAAUCCCCACGUCGCGCCGUCCACAGCACCAAGAUCGCCUUCCGUCAAUCGUCGUCUGAAAUCUGCUGCCAGAAGAACGGCAGAACAGCUCAGUGAUGAGGAGACGGAACUUAGUCUAGCAAGUCUAGGAGAACUGGUUACGACUGUAAGAGAGUGUGCGCGGGAGAUCAGAGAGAUUUACCAUCACCCAGACAAAGACGAGAAAUCAAAGCAUUCCAAAAAAGGAAAAGGGGCAGGUAAGAAGGUCAAAAGUGAAAAAUCCAAAAUGGCCGAUGUUGACAAUGCUGAUCUCAAGCGGAGACGCGCAUCAGGGCCUGGGGUUUUAAGCAAAGACAGAAAUCAGUCUGAACUGGAUACAAAAGAUGCUGACUUGGCGCUAAACCAGACCUGGCCUAAGAGGAGCACCUCCUCCUUGAGUGUCCGACUGUCUGCCUCCAACACAUCACUGAACAGGGACGAGCCAGGAUAUAGGUCACCUUCUCCCGCAGUGGCGCCCCCUAGCGGCGAGUGUGGCGACAAGACUCUUCUUCAAGAAAAGCAUAUUCUGGAUAAGGUAUUCUGUCGACUCAAUAAUUCCAAGGUUAUAUGGGGCGGAGACACCCCUCCGCGUGAAAACAGCACGAGGGAGCCACCGUCCAAGGCCACAAUGCUGGUUCGGGAUCAGUUCUCUUCUUAUGGAAACCCGUUGCCAGGCAUACAUCGCAGCACAGGGUGUCUCCCGCCCAUCCGAGAUGGCGGUAGGCACCGGCAGGUUGCCCACACCCAUGUCCUGAACAAAGUGCCCGGGGGUCCCGGAACAGAGGGAGGGGAUUCCGUGGAGGGGUCGUGCUCAGACGGAGAGGGGGAAGAGGACGUAGCGAUUGGGAUCUUCAUGGCUGUAUGAGACAGAUUUUUGGUUAUGUUCUCACGUUUUAUAUUUAUAUAUUUCAUAUUCUUUUCUCCUUCCCCAUGUUGGGGGAUUUGGACUUCUUUAAUGGGAGGUGUUAGGGCGUUGUGUUUGUGAAUGUAAUAAGCUUCUGCUUCUUUAAGCGCUUUGGUUGAACAGCAUUGACGUGGGUGCUUGCGACUUACCAUGUUAGAGGUAGGAACCAUAACACUUUGAAUGUUGUAUUCAACACGGGAUUGUGAUUAAAACAAAUAUUGCUUUAUUUAUGAACCCCUUUAACCAAAGAUUGAAAUGAAAUUCGCUCUAAAAUACAAACUUUGUUUUUACCACCUCAUACUUUUACACCUCCCCUUUUUACUCGAGUUAUUGUUUGCAUGCCUGUCUUGAAAGGGUGACCUUUUGACCUUGACCUUGAACAGAGUGCAGCAACAAACUGUUGAUUAAAUUUGUUAUUGGUGGUUACACAAAUAGUUUUCGUUAGUUGUUAUAUGAAGAGUAGCGCUGAUGUAAAAAAAAAGUACUACCCACAUGUGAUCAACAUCAACAUCACGUCAACACGAGCAUCGACAUGACAGGCACAUGGACACAAAGAAGGGCGAUCCUUGACAAUAACCCGAAGUGGUCGCCAGCUGAUUUUAUUUCUGUUUACUUGUUCUAAACAUAGAACUGUUGUGUACAGCCAUUAUUGGAUCCCCGUGUAAUAACAAUCAAGAACAGGACCAAUCAAUUGGUUGUUAUCGAUCACCUAUUUCCUCCCGAAUGGGAAUCACGAUCGCCUAAAGGCGUGAUGUUUAUAAUGUUUAUUGCUGUGAUAUCUCCUGCUACACUGGCCAGAGUAAAUGUUACUUGUGUUAUAA